UCUGCUCAGGCUCACUGCAGAGAGACACUUGUGUGAGUGAAGCAUACACAGCGGUUUGCAGGAUGGCCCAGACAGACAGCAAGGUACUGGUUUUGGGAGCGUUGGCUGGAGUGGCUGGUGUCAGUUUGGCUGUGGUGUGUUACCAAAGUUUUAGGUCUCGGCGAAGAGGCUCGUGCCCGGGAUUCCAAUUUCACCGCACUAAUGAGCAAGGCUAUGGUCUCACGCUGGUGGAUGGUCCUGGUCUGCCCAGCGGUCAGGCCGAAGUGCUGGAUCGCCUUGAAGCCCUGAUUCAGUGUGUGUCGGAGCUGAAGGAUGAAAUGAAGGCGCUGAAGAACGCUCUGCCAUCGCUGCAAGACCAGGUCAGAGAGGAGUUCAGGGGACGUGAAGAGGCGCGGCGAACUGGCUCUCUGCACAGGACUACGCCAACACGAAGGAAAAGAACUGCAGCCACUGUCGCUGAGGCCAGAGCUACAGGCCGGAGCUCAGAGGAAGCAGAGAGUGAAGGAGGGUACAUGACUGCGCUGACAGACUCAGAGGAGGAUGAGCUAAGUGAUGCAGAAGAGAGGGAUCAAGAGCAUCCUGUGGACAAGUUGUCUCUCCUCAUUGAGCAGAUUGACCGUUUGCAUCAGGGCUGUGAGUCUGACAAACGGGAAAGUCUUAAUAUCCUUUUGGAACAAAGAGAAGAGUUUGGAGAAAACUCGACAUUUCUUUGGCGGCUAACCCGAGCUUACUGUGACGUCCAUGACAUCAGCUUGACUCUGGAGGAGAAGAAGACCUACGCAGAGACUGGGAAGAAAGUUGGCGAGGAAGCAGUGAGCUUAAAUCCUACAUGUGCUGAAAGUCAUCAGUGGUAUGCCAUCAUGUGUGGAAUUAUGGCCGAAUAUGACACCAUCCAAAACAAGAUAAAGAACGGAUAUGUCUUUAAGGAUCAUCUGGAUAAAGCCAUUGAGCUGAAGCCGCAGGACCCGCUGUCCUACUACCUUCUGGGCCGCUGGUGCUACGCUGUGUCUCAGUUAUCGUGGAUUGAGAGAAAAGUUGCUUCAACUCUGUUUGGAGAACCACCAAGCGCCACAGUUGAAGACGCAUUGAAGAAUUUCCUUAAGGUACUGGUGUUUUGUUUCUUAAGCUAUUCUGCGAUGUAA